AUGGAAGAUAGAAUUAGUAAGUUACCAGAUGAAAUUCUCGCUCACAUAUUAUCAUUCCUCAGAUCAUCCACCGACGCCGUGAGAAGCAGCGUUUUAUCAAGACAAUGGAGAUAUAUUUGGCUCAAACUUCAAAAAUUCCAGAUUUGCGAUUCUUAUUACUAUGGAAAAACAUAUUCAACAGAAGUAUUUAUGAACUCGUUUGUGAAUUUUAUGAACCGUGUUUUGAUUAAUAAUGUGAAAUACUUGAGCCUUCGGCUUACGCAGAACUAUUCAAGUUCCGACAUUGAAUCUUGGCUUUGUUCUGUAAUGACUCGGAACCUCGAGGAAAUUCAUCUCGAAGGAUCAGUUAUUCGGUUUCCCGCAAAAUAUUCGAAGUCUGUAUGCCUCACAGGUCUCAAAUCUCUUUAUCUGGAGUAUCUCACUAACCUGUCUGAUUUCAAUGUACAAAUGCUUUUAUCUAACUGUCCGAUUCUUGAGGUUUUAGUUAUCGAUAGAGGUUGGUCUGAUGAUUUCGAGAUAUUGAAUGUCAACUCAUCUUCCCUUAAAAAAUUUCGGUACUUUGAUCCUUACCAAAAAUCUUCUAAGGUUGUUAUUAAUGCUCCAAACCUUGACAAUCUUAGCAUCCAUGUUGAUAGAAAGCUUAACAUUGAAGUUAAAACUCCUUGUUCGAUUGCUAAAGCACGUUUUGUAGUCUCCUCUUGCGUCGGAAUAUCUCGUGCAGACAUGGAUCCAACAGUUCAGCUUCUGAGAAAAACCAGUAAUAUUAGUUGCUUAUCCGCGUCUUGUCAUAUUCCAAAGCUUCUCCGUGACUCGUCCCUCCACAAUCUCCCUAGCUUUACUCGAUUGACUCGGUUAAUAGUCUCCAAUUGUGGUGAUGAACGGUCAUAUUUGCCUGCUAUGCUCACUAUGACACCAAAUUUAAAGUUUAUCAGAUUUUAUCAAAACAAACGUUGCAACUGCUAUAUGACUUAUGCACAGGAGUUGGAGCCCGAACAAAAUGUGGCGAAAUGUUUAAAGUCGUCACUCGAAAGUGUGGAAUUCAGAGGGUUGCAAAAUGUUGGUGAAGAUAUGGAGAUAGUAGCAUAUUUGCUCAAAUAUGCUAAGCUCUUGAAUACUUUUGCUAUAACUUGCUAUAGGGACGAAUCGGAAAUUCUAAGAAAAGUUUUAAUGUUUCCAAGAGCUUCAAUCACUUGUCUAAUUUCAGUCGUUCCUGAGAUACAUAUGUGGCUCAAUACUCGUCUCUCUGAUCCGUCUGAACCCGCGAAUCAGUUGGUGAUCAAGGAGUGUGCAUGA